GGAGCCGCGCUGUGACUUGCGGGAGAACCUGCAGCGUUACGGCUGCGGGGAGGGCAACAUCGUGAGCACCCGGGGCGAGAUGCAGACCCAGAAGAAUUCCAGUAUCAACACAUCCCUGAAGAGGACCCAGGUGUCCCCCCAGGGCAUGCACCUGCGGCUGCGAGCUGGGGAGGAGAUGAGCUUCAACAUGGAUGUCUUCCAGCCCUUGGAGAGCCCCGUGGAUCUCUACAUCCUCAUGGACUUCUCCUACUCUAUGUCUGAUGAUCUGGACAACCUCAAAAGCAUGGGCCAAAACCUAGCGGAGUUCCUGCAAGAACUGACCUCCAAUUACACCAUUGGAUUUGGCAAGUUUGUGGACAAAGUCUCUUCCCCUCAGACAGACAUGAGACCUGAGAAGCUGCGCGAGCCCUGGUACAACGCCGACUCCCCCUUCUCCUUCAAGAACGUCAUCCGCCUGACCAGCAACAUCAACCACUUCAGCCAGGAGCUCCGGAAGGAGCGCAUCUCCGGGAACCUGGAUGCCCCCGAGGGCGGCUUUGAUGCCAUCCUGCAGACAGCUGUCUGCAAGGAUAAGAUCGGCUGGAGGAAGGACAGCACUCACCUGCUCGUGUUCUCCACCGAAUCUGCCUUUCACUAUGAAGCUGAUGGUACCAACGUCCUGGCAGGGAUCCUGGCAAGAAACGACGAGCAGUGUCACCUGGACAGCCGUGGCACCUACGUGUAUGACACCAAGCAGGACUAUCCUUCAGUGCCCACCCUGGUGCGCCUGUUGGGCCAACACAACAUCAUCCCCAUCUUUGCUGUCACCAACCACUCCUACAGCUACUACGAGAAGCUGCACAAGUAUUUUCCCAUCUCUGAGAUUGGGGUGCUCCAGGAGGACUCUUCCAACAUUGUGGAGCUGAUCCGUACAGCCUUUGAGCGCAUCCGCUCCAAGAUGGACAUCAGGGCUGACUUCACUCCCAGGGCCAUGAAGACAGAGUUCACCUCCACGAUGUAUGAAAAGACAGAGUCUGGCUCCUUCCUCAUCACCCGUGGGGAAGUGGGCAAGUUCAAGAUGCACGUGAAGGCUCUCGAGCACGUGGGUGGGCAGCACGUGUGCAGCCUCCCCGAGAAGGACCGGCAGGGAGUUAUCCAAGUGAAACCCACCUCCCUGAGCGACAGCCUCACCGUCUCAGCCUCGGUCGUCUGCGACGUGUGUCCUUGUGAGCAGCAACAAGAGCUGAACUCGCCCAAGUGCAGCUUCCACGGGAACUUCGUUUGCGGGCAGUGCAUCUGCCACCCGGGCUGGCGAGGGGACACGUGCGACUGCUCCCCGGCGUCGUCCCCCAACAACGAAGCCUGCAUCCGCCCCGGGGACGUGGAGCCGUGCUCGGGAAGGGGCGAGUGCCUGUGUGGGAAGUGCCAGUGCUACUCCGAGGACCUGGUGCAGCGCUUCGACGGGGCCUUCUGCGAGUUCGACGUCCUGCAGUGCCCGCGCACCUCCGGCUUCCUCUGCAACGACCGUGGCCGCUGCUCCAGGGGCGCGUGUGUGUGUGAGAGCGGCUGGCAGGGCCCGGGCUGUGAGUGUCCCACCAGCAACGACACCUGCAUCGACAGCAGAGGGGGCAUUUGCAACAACCACGGGAGGUGCGAAUGCGGCAGAUGCAUCUGUGACAUGGCCUCGCUGUACACCAGCUCCACCUGCGAAAUCAGCUACUCCCUGGUGAGUCCCUGCGGGUUUGCUGUGUGCGAGAGCAUCCGGGACUGCGUCCGCUGCCAGACCUGGGGAAAGGGCAGCUUGAAAGGGAACUGCAGCACGUGCCACCUCCAGAUCCAGAUGGUGGAAGAGCUGAAGAAAGAGGAGGCUGGCGAGUACUGCUCCUUCCAGGAUGAGGAUGAUGACUGCACCUACCACUACUCCCUGGAGGGAGACCCCAGUGUGCUCCCCAACACCACCGUCCGUGUGCAGAAGAAUAAAGAGUGCCCACCAAGGAGCUUCUUCUGGCUCAUCCCGCUGCUCAUCUUCCUCAUCCUGCUCCUGGGGCUGCUGCUGCUGCUCUGCUGGAAGUUCUGUGCCUGCUGCAAGGCUUGCCUGGCCCUGCUUCCCUGCUGUGCACGAGGUCGCACCGUUGGCUUCAAGGAGGACCACUACAUGCUUCGGCACAGCCUCAUGUCCUCUGACCACCUGGACACGCCCCUGGUGCGCAGUGGGUCCCUCAAGGGGCGGGACACGGUCCGAUGGAAGAUCCACAACAAUGUGCACAAGCAGGGCUUUGCCUCCCCCGCUGCCACCAACCCCAAGGACCUCAUUCCCUAUGGGCUGUCUCUGAGGCUGGCAAGGCUUUUCACGCAGAACCUGACGAAGCCGGACACGCGGGAGUGCGAGCAGCUGCGCAAGGAAGUGGAGGAGAAUCUGAACGAUGUUUUCAAGCACAUCCCUGGCUGCCACAAGCUCCAGCAGACCAAGUUCAGGUUACAGCCUAAUUCUGGGAAAAGGCAGGAUCACGCCAUUGUGGACACAGUGCUCACUGCUCCUCGCUCAGCCAAGCCAGACAUCAUCAAAGCGGUGGAAAAACACGUGUCCCACGAGGCUUUCAACGAGCUGAAGGUUGCGCCGGGUUAUUACACCGUGACCUCAGACCAAGAUGCUCAGGGGCUGGUGGAGUUCCAGGAGGCCGUGGAGCUGGUGGAUGUCCGUGUCCCGCUCUUCAUCAGGGAGGAGGAUGAUGAUGAGAAGCAGCUGCAGGUGGAGGCCAUCGAGGUCCCCAACGGCAUCGCGAAGAUUGGGCGCAGGGUUGUCAACAUCACCAUCAUCAAAGAACAAGCCAGCAGCCUCAUCACCUUCUUGCAGCCAGCCUAUUCCCACAGCCGCUUUGACAAGCUGGCCAAGAUCCCCGUCCUGCGGGAGAUCAUCGACAACGGGAAAUCCCAGGUCACCUACAGGACCCGGGACCUCACCGCCAAGAACGGCAGGGACUAUCUCUUCACAGAGGGCGAACUGGUCUUCCAACCUGGGGAGACCCGAAAGGAGGUGCAGGUGCCCUUGCUGGAGCUGACUGAAAUAGAUACCCUCCUGAACAACUUCCAGCUCAAGCAAUUUGCCAUCGACCUCCUCCACCCCAAGUACGGCGCCAAGAUCGGCCGAUACGGCCAGACCACGGUGACCAUCGCCGACCCAGAGCUGGUGGAUGGUGUCCCCUCGAUGACUGGCCUGGGCCAGGUCCCCCAGUCCCCCAAAGGCCGCCUGAGUGCACCACUUAAUCCCAGUGCCCGCGCCCUCAGCUCCAGGGAAAUCAGCUUCAACUGGUUUCCUCCACCGGGAAAACCUCUGGGGUACAAGGUGAAAUACUGGAUCCAAGGGGACCCUGAGUCAGAAGCCCAUCUCAUCGACGUCAAAACACCACCAGCAGAGCUGAGUAACCUCUACCCCUUCUGUGACUAUGAAAUGCAAGUCUGUGCCUACAACGCCCUGGGUGAGGGGGCUUACUCUGACAUCAUCCACUGCCGCACACUGGAGGAGGUGCCCAGCGAGCCUGGUCGCUUGGCUUUCAACGUCGUGUCUUCCACUGUGACACAGCUGAGCUGGGCUGAGCCUGCAGAAACCAACGGGGACAUCACGGCUUAUGAAGUCAGUUAUGGACUCGUCAACGAGGACAACAUCCCCGUGGGCCCCGUGAAGAAGGUGCUGGUUGAGGACCCGAAGAAGCGCAUGGUGCUGAUUGAAAACCUGCGGGAGUCGCAGCCCUAUCGCUACACGGUGAAGGCCAGGAACGCUGCUGGCUGGGGGCCUGAGAGAGAAGCCACCAUCAACCUCGCCACGCAGCCCAAGCGCCCCAUGUCCAUCCCCAUCAUCCCUGAUGUCCCCAUCGUGGAUGCAGAGGGAGGUGAGGACUACGACAGCUACCUGAUGUACAGCGCGGAUGUGCUGCGCUCCCCGGCCGGCAGCAAGCGCCCCAGCGUCUCCGAUGAUUCAGGCUCCAGGUGGAAAUAUGUGCCGCUGCUGGGAGAAGACCUGGACCUUCGCCGCAUCACCUGGAGGCUCCCACCCGAAACCAUUCCCCGCCUCUCUGGCAGCAGCCGCCUCUCCUCGGACGCCGAGGGUCUCCUCCCCGAGGAGGACAGCGACGUGGCCACGGGCAGUGCGAGGAGGAGCGGGACGCCCCGGCCCCAAGCAGAGCACUUGCUGAACGGCCGUGUGGACUUCUCCUUCCCCGGCAGCGCCAGUGGCUCGCUGACCAGGACAACCAACACCAGCUACCACCAGCUGAGCUCCCACGUGCACCAGGAGCACAGGGUGAUGGGGAGCUCCUCGCUAACGAGAGACUACUCCACGGUGCAGAUGGGGCAUGAUUACCCAGGGACACUCCUCCCUCCCAUCCGUGAAGAUGCUGGGAGGACAAUCCCACGGCCCCGGGAUGUGGGUUUCAGGAGCAGGGCAAAGGUGAAGGGUUACUACCCCAGCAUUGGCUGUCGGGACUCUAUAAUCAUGACUGAUGGGUCCACAGGGAUUUGCAAGUACAUAGACUCCAGGAAGCCUCUGGGCAUCCCUGACACCCCCACACGCCUGGUGUUCUCUGCCCUGGGACCCACCUCCCUGAAGGUGAGCUGGCAGGAGCCGCGCUGCGAGAAGGAGGUGCAGGGCUACAGUGUGCAGUACCAGCUCCUCAGCGGAGGAGAGGUGAACAGAAUCACCAUCCCCAACCCCAGCCAGAACUCGGUGGUGGUAGAGGACCUGCUGCCCAACCACUCCUACAUCUUCAAGGUGAAGGCACAGAGUGAGGAAGGCUGGGGCCCCGAGAGGGAAGGAGUCAUCACCAUCGAGUCCCAGGUGGACCCGCAGAGCCCGCUCAGUCCUGUACCAGGUACACCCUUCACCCUGAGCACCCCCUGUGCUCCUGGACCACUGGUUUUCACAGCCCUCAGCCCAGACUCCCUUCACCUCAGCUGGGAGAGACCCCGCGAGCCCAACGGGCCCAUCCUGGGCUACAGGAUCACCUGUGAGAUGCUGCAUGGAGGAGGGGAGCCCAGGACAAUCUAUGUCGAAGGAGACAAUCUGGAAACCACCCUGACUGUGCCCCACCUGAGUGAGAAUGUCCCAUACAAGUUCAAAGUGCAAGCCAACACCACCCAAGGCUUUGGGCCAGAGAGAGAAGGCCUCAUCACCAUUGAAUCUCAGAACAGAGGUGCUUUCUCCCAGUUUGGAGGACAGCAGUACAUGAGGGAAGAAGUGUACAAAUUCCCCACCGAAUACACCACCAAAACCAGCAUCAGCCAUUCCUCUCUGGAUCCCCACUUCACAGACGGGAUGCUCGUGACGAGCCAGCGAGUGGAGAACACGAGCAGCACCCUCACCCAGGAGUUCGUGAGCCGGACCGUGAUGUCCAGUGGGACCCUCACCAAGCAGGUGGAGAGGCAGUUCUACGAGGCCUGAGCCGGGGCAGGCUGAGCACCAGCGGGACAUUUGGGAUCAGACGG